AUGACCUCAGUGAUCCACAUGGUCACACAGCUGAAGGAGGUUGCCUGGCAGCUCUCUCUAGUCGCUGGGCAGUCCAUCAUUACAGUCGGCAGGAACAAUGCCGUCAUGGAAUUUCUAGGUACUGAUUGUACUCAUUUACUUUUCCUGGAUGCGGAUGUUGCCUUCACAGUAGACACCAUCCGAAAGAUGCUUGGAGCAGAUAAAGAUGUGAUCCUGGCUCCGUAUCCAGCGAAGAGCCUCAACGAAGACAGGAUGCUUGAGACCGCAGCUCGACGAGGUGGCAGUGCCAGGCUCAGAGAUGGGCUCCACUAUGUUCUGCAUGCGCAGCCACAGCAGGUGCAGGCUGCAUUGGAGCAGGGCUCAUCUCUGAUUGAGGUGGAUGCUGGGCCGACUGGCUGCAUGCUCAUCAAACGCCAGGUCUUUCACAAGCUCAUCCAGGCAUAUCCCGAUAUGCACUGUCGCAUCACUGGCUCUCACGCUGGACGGGCGCAACGCUAUGAUGUUUGGUGGAGAUUCUUUGACACAGCUGUUGAGGGUGGCGAAUUCCUCGGUGAGGACAUCGCCUUUUGCCGCCGUUGGCGGAACAUUGGAGGAACUAUUUGGGCUGACCUGGGAACCACAAUGACCCAUGUGGGACGGUAUGCCUACACCGGCAACAUGUUGGAAGCCUCGCCAAAUGAAGAAUUAUUAAAACCAUAUUAA